AUGGGAGUGUUCGAUCUGCCUUUGGCUAUCAACGAGAAACUGUACAUGAAUGGUGGGAGUAACACUAGUACUGUGACUGUGCUAGUGUACACACCAGAUCAGGAUAGCUGGGAUGAGCUGUCACCUCCUCCAGUGGACCGCUUCACCGUAGCAACACUGAGAGGUCGAUUACUAGUGGCCGGAGGUAAAGACAAGUCUACUUCCAGGAAAACGAAUAUCAUCCUAACAUUCAAUGAAAGCCCUCGACAAUGGGUCCAGUCACUUCCACCCAUGCCAAAAGUAUUAACUUUUCCGGGAGUUGUUGUGUAUCAGAACCAUCUGAUUAUUAUCGGUGGAUAUGACUUAACCGGCGCGAACAUAGCUGAUGUAAAAAUUCUGGGCACCAAUAAUAAAUGGAUCACAGCCAAACGACUUCCCCGUACUAGAGAUAACUACAUCACUUGCAUUAUUGGAAACAUAAUGUAUAUUGUUGGUCAGACCACUAAAAAAGUUUUUCGAAUUCAUCUACCCUCCCUCAUAUCACGAGCCAGUUCUGGUGUGUGGGAAUCUGUCGCAAGUGUGCCAUUCUAUUGGUCGUCUCCGAUCGCCAUCGGCAAUACCCUCCUGGCUGUAGGGGGUAGUGUUAGUGGAGAGCACGGAAGCAACGCUAUCUCAAGCAUCCAUCUGUACGAUCCCACCAAAAACCAGUGGACACAAUGUGGCGACCUUCCCGAGAAAAUGUGCACUUGUUAUUGCAUUGAACUAUCUGGCAAACUGUAUGUACUUGGUGGUAGGAGAGGUGGUGUCACCAAUAGCAAAUCUGUGUACACAUACAGCAAUCCCAUCAUUACACAAUAG